GCCGUUUUUUUCCAAAUAACUUUUAGUUUUUUCUGCGCGGUUCUCCUCGCAGCUGCUCGGUGUGGGCGGGGCCAAAGCACAUCUGGAUGAAAAACAUCUGGACUUCUCUGAGCAAACAUCCCAUCAGGCCCUGCUGACACCGCACGCCGUUAGACCGACCGACACCCCGCACCUGGACCGAGCGAGCGCGCGCGCGCAGGUACCGGCGGACCCAGCAUGACCCGGAGCGGACCCGCGGCUCUGGCGGCUCUGGUGGCCGCCUGCGGUCUCCUGGUCGUGGUGGAGCCCUUCAGCAGCCUCACAGCCAACGUGUGCAAAUGGUGUUUGCCGUCCACUCCGGUGUGCACCGACAACGUCUGCCUCAGCAACUGCAACCUGUCCUCCUACUGCUCCUUCACAGAGGAGAUCUGCAUCGCCAUAUGGAGGAAGAUCAAUGAAACAAUGACAGUGCACACGAUGUGCCGCCAUCCAAACCUGCCACUGGAAGGCGUCAACCCCCGCCUGUUAUUGAACUUCACCUCCACAGAGUGUCACAUGCUCCCACAGCCGGCAGAUGAGGGCGUGAUGAUGGUCUGCGGCUGUCAGGGCGAACAAGAAUGCAACGACAAACUCAUCUUUGACAAGGGAGUCAAUGGUUUCUCCAGGCUGCACAGUAAGGAUGUGAUCCCCGUAGUCAUCGUCAGUUUAGUCCCUCUUCUUCUGGUUGCCAUGGUCGCCACCGCUGCCUUCUACUCCUACAGGAUGCGCCGGCCAGACAAACCAGGGCCCUCAUCUCGCUCUGAUUGGCCCACAAAGCCCUCCCCUGAACUCUACCAAGUUCUGGAUCAUCCAUGUGGAGAAGCAGGAGGUGGCAUGGUGGUUCUUGGAGUUGAACCAAUGAACUCUAACCCCAAAGGCAGAUGUCCGAAUAUCAUAACAAUCCGUAACCGGACACCUGAGCUGCUGCCCAUCAAGCUGGAGGACGUGGUGGGGAAGGGGCGCUUUGCUGAAGUCUGGAGGGCUCGUAUGCUGCAGAGCGACAAGGGUGGCGCUGACGACUACGAAACUGUGGCGGUAAAGGUGUUUCCCAACGUGGAGUACGCCUCGUGGAGAAACGAGUGCUCCAUCCUGUCUGACCCCACACUGCAACAUGAAAACCUGGUCCAGUUCUUGGCAGCUGAAGAAAGAGGCCUGCCGAGUGACACUCUCCGGACUUACUGGCUGGUUUUGGCCCAUUACAGCCUUGGAAAUAUGCAGGAAUACCUCACAGCAAAUACACUGAGCUGGGAAGAGCUUGUUGCCCUAGCAAGUAGCAUAGCUAACGGGUUAGCUCACCUGCACAGUGAAACACAGCUCAAUGGAGCACCAAAGGUUCCUGUUGCCCACAGAGACCUGAAGAGCAGCAACAUUUUGGUAAAGGACAGGAAGCAGUGUGUGCUGUGUGACUUUGGGCUGGCAUUAAGGCUGGACAUCUCCCUCACAGUGGAUGACUAUGCCAACAGCGGACAGGUGGGAACAGCUCGAUACAUGGCUCCGGAGGUGCUGGAGUCCAGGGUGAAUCUGGAGGACCUGGAGGCCUUCAAACAGAUGGACAUCUACUCCAUGGCUCUGGUCCUUUGGGAGAUGGCCUCCCGCUGUGAUACCAUAGGAGAGGUGAAAGCCUACGAGCCGGCUUUUGGUUCCAUGGUCUGUGAGCAGCCCUGUGUGGACAGCAUGAGGGACCUGGUUCUAAGGGACCGAGGACGACCUGACAUCCCCUCAGCGUGGACGCAGCACCAGGGGAUGAGCGUCUUCUGCUCCACCGUAACUGAGUGCUGGGAUCACGACCCGGAGGCGAGGCUGACGGCACACUGCGUGGUGGAGCGCUUCAACGCCAUGCAGCACACUGACGAGGAGGCGGUGCUGGAGGACGGCGGGGAGGGGGGAGAGAGACAAGAGUGAGAGAAGACGGGAUCUGGAGAGUCGGUUCCUCUCUCCAUCUUUCUGUUCCACAACCAAAAACAAAGCGAGACGCCUGGCAGGCAUGUGUGGACCCUCGGGUUCAGUCUGGUUCUCACACCCUGAGCCCUCCUCCAUCCUGUCGCUGUCUGAGUUCACACUGAUAGCCCCGUGAUAAACCUCCAGACGGAUACAGACUCAAAAGGAAAAAAGAAAUCCUGUUUGUCUGGAAGGAAAAUGCUGGACUUUAACACCUGACAGAGACUGGGUUUGAUAGGAGGCAAAGCUAACCUGGAGGAACAGGAAGUGCUCAGGUGAAGGGAAUUUAAAAACAAACUGAUGAUGAUGGAAAACACAGGGUGUUCUGAUUGACUCAGAGCAGAUUUAUGAAGUGAGUAGAUCUUUAAGAUCAUGGAUGCAUGAAUUCAUCCGUUCAGUGUUUAAGCAGUUUGUCUCUUCAUUGUAUAAAACUGGUAAUGAUGAUCAA